AUGAUAGCAUUAUCUACGUCAACGUCGGACCAACACCAGAGCGAUUCGGGAAUUCACAAAGCUCUCCUGUCUCACCGUUCAUCCUAUUUCAAGGCUGCUUUGACAGGAGGCUUCAGGGGGUCACAGACCGGCGUCAUCGACUCAGUGGAUGAAGAUCCGGAAGUCUUUCGAGUCUUCAACGAAUGGCUCUACUUGGGGGCUGUCUCUUACCAACACCAAGGAACGCACCAUGAGACGUGGUCGGCUCUCCUCAACCUUUACGUCUCCGAGGAAGAAGAGAGCUAUACCGAAGUUUCAGAAUGCGGUCAUUGA